CACCUUCAACCUCACGUCAGUCUCUCUCUCUCUCUCUCUCUCUCUCUCUCUCUCUUUCAUUCUCUCCCUCUCUCUCUUCCUCUUAUAAAUUUAUACCACCUUCUUCUCCACCACCACUCCCACCUCUAUUCCUCAUCCUCAUACUCCAUAUUUCGCCAUAUAUUUCAUCUUCUCUUCGUCCGCAGUUCCUCGUUUUGGGUGACCAGUGCCCUUUGUUUUGCCUCUAGUUCGACGCGGGUACGCCUAGUUGUCUGUAGACGGGAUCGACGACGCCGAGAUUGGAAGCGAUGGGAGAUAACAAUGUGAACUUGCCGCCUGGUUUUCGAUUCUACCCGACCGACGAAGAACUCGUCGUCCAUUUCCUUCAGCGGAAAGCCGCCCUCUUGCCGUGUCAUCCCGAUGUCAUCCCUGAUCUCGAACUUUAUCCAUACAAUCCGUGGGAGCUCGAAGGGAAGGCCUUGUCCGAGGGCAACAAAUGGUACUUCUUCAGCAGGAGGACGCCAGACCGGAUCACGGGCAACGGGUACUGGAAGCCUAUGGGUGACGAGCCCGUUUUCGCAAGCUCGAGCAAGAAAGUCGGAAUGAAACAGUCGUUGGUGUAUUACUUAGGAGAAGCUCCAGGUGGGAUGAGAACGAAUUGGAUAAUGCAUGAGUAUCGUCUCUCCAACGGUACUGAUACUGGUAGCAGCAGUAGCAGGUCAUCCAAAAGAAAAGGACAUCCUAAGAUUGACUAUAGCAAAUGGGUGGUGUGCCGAGUUUACGAGCGCGGUGACAACGACAAUGACGAUGAUGGAGCAGAGCUUUCAUGCUUGGACGAGGUGUUCUUGUCAUUGGAUGACCUUGACGAAAUAAGCACGCCAAACUAAUUAGAGAAGAUGUAGAACCAUAGUACGUGGUCAAAUUAGGGGGACUCACUAGAGAGAUUCAAAUCAAAUUUGUAGAGCUCUAUUGCUGCUGGGUGGGCGGCCGAAUCAUUGUGGCAAAUACCGAAUAGCACUUGUAACUUUCCUUUUUCUUUUUAUUGGAAAAUGCUCUCUAGGGCUUACUUUUGGUGCAAGCAAAAUGUCGGCAUCCUUUUAUAACUAAAUGAAAGAAUGCUCAUAAAGUCAUUGAGAAGUUCACUUUU